AGAGUAUCGUUGCUCUCCGAAGAAAUUAAGCAACUCCCUGAGUAACGAUACUCUCAGAUUCCCUUUCAUUCUUCCCCCGACUAUCUCUCUUCUCUCUCGUUUGGAAAGGCGACGGAAACAAGAGAGGCGACGGAAGAGACGAUUCGUCCGAGAAUCUGGAAAUUCAACCGAUUCACAUCGAAUCCGCUGAAUUUUCAGUCUAAAUCUGGAGGGUUGAUGGUCACCGGAGGCGAUGGCUUUAUUAAUCGGCGUAACCCAAAGAUUGACGCUUCGGUUCUGUUGACACACGACGGCGGAGGUUUCAGAUUGAGCGGUGAACAGACGUUUAGGCUCAACUGGGCUCAGGUUGGUGCUGGAGAGAGACGCCCGAGUGAAGGUGCUGACCGAGAUGAAUGGUCAAUACUGCUCGACCAGGCCUAUGCGUAUUGGUCCGGCUGUCGAUAAGAAUCAUCUUCCGAUGCAACCAGUUUGGUUUGGUGCACAUAUCAACGGGGGAUCUCUUGAGGGCACAGGUUUCAGCCGGGACAGAUAUUGGAAAGAGAGCAAAAGAGUUCAUGAAUUCGGGUAGUUUGGUUCCGGAUGAGAUUGUUAUAGCAGAGGUGAGAGAAAGAGACGCCAUUGUUGAAUCCUUGGCCGUUGCAGUUGGAGAUGAUCAAUUACAACAAUGACUUGGUGUCUUUUUUGUAUGAGUCUAGUUUAAGACAUGAGUGAGAAGAGAUGAGAGUUUAAUCGUUAUUUGCUUUGUUUUCAAUUUUGAGACAUGUUUAAGAUAAUACUUGUUUUAUAUGGCAUUGUUUAGGAUUUGAAUGUCUGUGUUUUUUUUUAUGGUUAAUGCAAGUAUUGAGAGAAUGAACACAUAAUUUUUUUCAACUUGCAAAACAGUUUCAGUUUUAUGAUU